AUGGACAAGGGCCCGUCCGCUCCAGGGCCCACCACUGCGCCAGUAGUGAAGCGGACACGCAAUGGAUGCUUGACGUGUCGACGACGACGCCUCAAGUGUGAAGGAGAUCCGAGUUACGGUACCUGCUCUCGAUGUCUUGCCAACGGCAUCCAGUGCGAGUGGGGAGAGGGAGACGACCGCACCCCAGUGUCGCAAAGGAGGCUGGUACGUUCCAGUCACUCGCCUUCGCAGCCGUCCUCGUCCACAACACAUCCCUCCCCUCACCACUCGCGGAUUCACACCGAGAUUUCGACGACCUUGGCAGACACGGAAGCCCUCGUGGACAGAUACUUUGAGGUGGUACACCGUGAGUUCUACGUCUUACCUUUGAAUGCUAAUCCACCAGACUUUGGCUUCUUCACCUUCAUCCACCAGCUGCGCUUCAAAAGACUCUUGCAAAAGGGUCAAGCGCCUCGCGACCUUACUCGAGCCAUGGUGGCCAACGUCCUGCGCUUUGCGUGCGACCCCACUCCAUCCAACAUUAGCCGCUCAGAUAGCCUCAUCAAUUCGCUCGUGGCAUCCAUGAUGCCACAGGUACUGCAAGGCUUUGGAGUAAUUCAAUUGAUGGCCCUGCUCCUCGUUUGUCAGGUGGAAACGUGUCGUGACAACUACUCGUCCUCGUGGCUGUUGACAGGCAACUGCGCAAGAAUGAUGCAGAUGAUGUCCCUCCAUGUGUUUGACAGGACGUUCCCAGACGACAUUUCCGAAACGCCUCUCUCGCCACUGCUCUCCGCCGAGUCUCUUCGUCGCGUGGCCUGGUCUGUCUUCUACCUUGACUCUCUGGUCGACGGUGGACGAGACGGCUACAACAUGGUCGAUGUCAACUCGUUCCGGGUCCAGCUACCUUCCAACGAAGCCUGUUUCCUGGGCAACGAUAACGUACGGACUGAGCCACUCAUUCCAGAACCGGGUCGCGACAAGUCCGAGGUCAUUGGCAUAUCUGGUUACCUCGUGCGCGCUGCCUGGCUGCGACGCCGUGUACUCUACAUCGCCUUCCGCAUAUCACAUGGCGAAGGCAACAUUCCAGAUGUCCAGGCCGAGCUUGACCACAUGGAGAGGGACAUCAACUGGUUCAUUAGCUCGCUCCCACCGCGUUACCACUUCUCCCCCGACAAUUGCAUCCUGCACCGCAAGCGGCUUCCGGCCUUCAUUGUCUUGCAUCUGUUGCGACACAACCUCUACGUCAUUCUUGGUAGGGCCAAGCUGCUCUUCUACAAGAGGGACCCUAUUUUUGAAAACAUGAUCCCCGGAGUUCGCCGGCAGCGCAUAUCCUAUGCCCUGCCAGUCGCGGGCAUUGUGGAAGAAGGUCUUCGAAUGGGCACGCCGUUUGACCCUCACGCAGGUUUCCACGCGUAUGUUGCUUUGGAAAUUCUUCUGUUUGAGCCUCGACGUAUUGCGGUAACGGACCCCAACGAGGAUCCCAAAUCGGACCGCUAUGUCAAGGCCAUUCCACCAUUGCUGGCCCUCAUUCGCGACUUGGGCCGGCGCUCCAUCAGGAUUCACUACUUGCAUGCGGAGGCAGUCCACCGCCUGCUCCGUUGUGAAUUCUUCUACCUCCUGAGUAGCUACGACCUGGAAGUAUUCAGCGCCGAGUACCAACCCGUUGGCCAAGACGAAGCCGAGUUUGACUUCCGCGACUUCCGUGGUGCCAAACUGGAGCGGUUGCGCCGAGACCCUCGUCAACAAAUGCCGACAGCGCCCAUCGGGGACGCCGCAUUGUUAGAGUUCCCCUCCGACCCCCAGCCGCUCACCCUCGAAGCGGCCAAUUCGCCUCGAGUUGCAGCUCAGGACACCAACAGCACCACGCAGCAAGACCGCCAACCUGCGACCCGCCACGGUACACCGCCAGAGCGAUACGAGCGUCGCGAGCGUCCAGUUGGUGCUGGACCGCCUGGCGCGUUGGACCACUUGCAUCGUCGGCUGGAACCCUCAGAAUCAGCGACCCACCCUUGGAUACCCCUCUUUGAUCCGAACCCCGUCCAGGGAGGGACUCUGGACCUCUCGUGGCUGUGGGAUGAAUCUGGUGCGGGGUUGCAGACAGGAGACCCAGCCGACUUCUGGGGACAGAUUGGUCAGUGA